AUGUGUGGUUGCUUAUCUGACAUCUGUCUCAUCAUUCUUCUGGUUCUUUUCCCACCUCUUCCAGUGUGGAUUCGCCGCGGACUCUGCUCUGCUGACGGUUGGAUUAACGUUUUGCUUUGUAUCCUAGGAUAUUUCCCCGGACUUAUCCACUCAUGGUACAUCAUCGCAAAAUACCCUCCAUGUUCCGGAAAUCAUGGCUCCAAGGUGUAUUAUGUGUACCAAAAUUCUGGUGACUUAGAGGCUCAACGUCACAGCCACCAAAAUUCCAACAACGAUCACCAUCACCAUCACCACCAUACUCAUAGCAACGUGACACAUGAGCCAAUGAAUCACACUGGUCCAAACUACGGUUCAACCAAUGGUGAACCUAGCGGCGCUCCUCCCUCUUACAGUGUGCUUCCUCAGGGCAAGUAA